UGCAAAAAACCAUCGCCAUCAAAUAAUAGGUACUCGUGAGUAUGUACUUGAUCCAGUCACAAAUCGAACGAAACGAGUUGGUUCGCGUAGUCGUCGACUAAUUUUUUCGUAUAAGUAUAAAUACUACCUACCUAGUCAAUUAUCUCGAAAGCAUAAAGUAAAAUUGUUUUCCGCGUGCUCAUUAUCUACGCGUUCGUGUACAGUAGUUAGACUUAUACCCAACAUUAUUCGUAUUAGUGGAGUAGAUUCCAAAAUAUUGAAACAGAAUAAAACAGAAAGCAGAAACAAACCGAAAAACAAAAAAUGAAAUCGCACGUGGCACUAUUGUUUUUGUUGGUUUGUUUGAACAGUAUUAUUUACGCGCACAGCAAGCAAUUCGCUGUGUUGGUUGCCACCACGAAAUCAUGGCUGCAUUAUGGACAUCAGUCCACUGUGCUACACGCUUAUCAAACAUUGAUUGCAAACGGAUUUCCACGCUCCAAUAUAAUUACCAUGUUUUACGAUGAUCUCGCCAAUCAUCCAAGUAACACAGAAAAAGGAGUAAUUCGAAACCAUCCGGAAGGAAAAAAUGUUUACGAAAAUGUUAAAAAAGAUUACACAGGCGAGAAAGUGACGGCAGACAACUUCAUCGGAGUCAUAACUGGAAAUGGUUCGUUGGCCAGCGGUCCAGUGAUCAAAAGCAGCGGUCCGAAGGAUACUCUUUUCGUGUACAUUGCCGGAUUGAGCACUUAUCAAUACCUAACGUUUCCUUCUGGACCUGGUAUUUCUUCCGCGAAACUAAAACAAACGUUGGAAAAAUUGACGAAGGAGAAAAAAUUCAAAAAAGUAUUUGUGAGUGCAGAUGUAUCGUUUGCUGAUUCACUAUUCGAUGAAAUAGCACCCAAAAGCAGAGUUUUUGUGAGCACUUCGACUGCCCUUGAAGAACAUGCCCAUUUGGUGUAUUGCUUCCCAGAAAAAAAUCUCUGUCAUGGUAGUUUGUACGGUGUUGCGUGGACUCAAUAUUCCGAUCGACUACGUCAACUCAAAUCCGGAGCUAAACGAACACUAUACGAUCAAUUCAACUAUGUAAGAGCUGAAACACCUUACACUCAUGUCAACAUAUAUGGCGAUUUGCGAGUCGGACAAAGUCAAUUACAAGAAUUUAUCGGUUAUAAAUUCGAAGGUAAGCGCGAUGCCAAUAAAGUGGGACUCGCGCUCGACUCAACCCGAGUAUUAUCAGACGAUAUGCAGUCACAAGCUGACGCCCAAGCGAUGAGUAAAAAUCAACCAGAAUUCAGUGUCGGUACUAAUUACGAUCAACAAAUGAGUAAUGAAGAAAAAUCGCGCACCGUUAAGAAUCGUGAUUUCAUCAAGGAAACGAUGAAAAAUAUAUUCGAUCACUUGCAAAAUAACGGAUACAAAAAUGUACAAUACGAAAAAGCCGAGAAACCGAGAAAACUUGUAUCCGAAAAUCAUUCCGAUUUGUACGAAGAUGCAAUUCGAGAGUUUCACGAACGAUGUAUAAAUAUUAACGAGAAUCCAUUUGCGCUGAAUGAAAUUCCAAAACUGGCCCAUUUAAUCACCAGCAACGUCAGCUUAGAUGACCUGAAAACUGCUAUGACUGCCAACUGCAACGAAAAUCACAGACUCACAGCUAAUGUUUACUAAACUACCGUUUAAUUUACGUAUAAGUACAUUUCUUCAUAGGCCAUGAGUGCUAAUUCGUGAAGCUUCAACUGCAUUCGAUUCAAUGAGUAUUCAAUUAUUGAGGUUUUCACAGACAUUGUCAAUUUAGAACAAUAGAUUUUAUAAAACAACAAGAA